CAAAGAGUCACAGUUGAAAGGAAAGAAAGCGGAGCCAGGAAAGCAGUAAGAAGAAAGAAGAAAGCAGAAGAAGAAGAAGAAGAAGAAGAUUACGAUACGAAGUCCCGCGCGCAUCGUCGGCUUCUUUCCUCUCCCCAGAUUUUCCUCGAGGGCGCGUGCUCCCUGCGUUUUCCUCUGUGGAUUCUAGAGAGAGUGAGAGAGAGAGAGGGAGGGGGGUGUUUGUUUCUUGGGCUGCCGGUGGCUCUGGAGAAGCUGGUGGCGGCGGCGGUGGUGGGUGACGGACGGACGGAGACGGCGACGGCGACGGCGGCGGCGGCGGCGGCUGUUUAACGUUGGGUCUCCUCUUUUUUUUUUUUGUGUGGUUAUUUUCCCCUUCGAGCGAAUCGCGGCGGGCGGUUGUUAGCUGCGGCGGGCUUUGUUCAUCGCCGGCUUUAUCGUGCGUGUGGCGAGAGAGAAAGAGGGAGAUCUCCGAGCCGUGCUUGAUACUCCGGCGACCCCGCUAGCUCCGUCGAAUUCCGCGCUCACAUGGCUAAUCGAGGUGGUGGAGAAGACGAUCUGUACACGGAGCUAUGGAAGGCGUGCGCGGGCCCGCUCGUUGACGUCCCCCGAGCUGGGGAGCGAGUCUUCUACUUCCCCCAAGGGCACAUGGAACAGCUGGAGGCGUCCACGAAUCAGGAGCUGAACGAGAGGAUCCCGCUGUUCAAUCUUCCCCCGAAGAUACUUUGUCGCGUCAUGUACAUUCAGCUGCUGGCGGAGCAAGAAACGGAUGAAGUUUAUGCCCAGAUUACUCUACUUCCAGAGGCCCCUCAAUCCGAGCCUAUGAGUCCUGACCCUUACCUUCCUGAGCCUCCGAGGCCGCGAGUUCACUCCUUUUGCAAGGUUUUGACGGCCUCCGAUACGAGCACGCACGGUGGAUUUUCUGUUCUCAGGAAACAUGCGACUGAGUGUCUUCCGCCUUUGGAUAUGAACCAGUCAACACCGACUCAAGAGUUGGCUGCAAGGGAUCUCCAUGGUUAUGAGUGGAAAUUUAAGCAUAUUUUCAGAGGUCAACCACGUAGGCAUUUGCUGACAACUGGAUGGAGUACAUUUGUCACUUCCAAGAGAUUGGUUGCUGGUGAUUCCUUUGUGUUCUUGAGAGGGGAGAGUGGAGAACUUCGUGUUGGUGUCAGACGCAUGGCACGUCAACAGAGCACCAUGCCUGCAUCGGUGAUAUCGAGUCAGAGUAUGCACUUAGGAGUGCUUGCAACUGCCUCUCAUGCUGUUCAGACUCAAACCCUGUUUGUAGUCUAUUAUAAGCCCAGGACAAGUCAGUUCAUCAUAAGCUUGAACAAGUAUCUAGAAGCUGUUAACAAUAAGUUCUCUGUUGGCAUGAGAUUCAAGAUGAGGUUUGAGGGAGAGGAUUCUCCUGAGAGAAGGUUUUCUGGUACUAUAGUAGGAGUCGAAGACAUUUCCUCUCAGUGGACUGAUUCCAAGUGGCGUUCAUUGAAGGUUCAAUGGGAUGAACAUGCUUCUGUUCCAAGGCCAGAUAGAGUUUCACCAUGGGAGAUUGAAUCCUCUGUACCAUCUAUACCUCCGAGCAUGACAGAGUCAGCAGUGGCGAAGAAAAGGCCUCGACCACCUGCUGAGCUCCCUGCUCUUGAUACUGCUGGUGCAACUCUCCAUGAUGUUGGACUUAUGCAGUCCUGUGAUUCUACGCAACCAACUGUUUUCAUUGAAGGAAAAAGAAGCGAUAAUCAUGGUAUUUGGCAUCAUAAGCAAACAAGUGUGAACACUGGCAGCAACUCUAUCUCGUGGCCUCAGACUGAGGGGGACAGGCAGUUUUCUCCCAGUGUCUGUGGCUGGCCACUUCUUUCCAGUUCAACUAUGCACUCACCAAAGCCGAGAAAUGAACCUAAGGUCGAGCUGGCUGAGAAGCCCGAGAGACCUACUAGUUGCCGAUUGUUUGGCAUUGACUUGAUAAAUCAUUCUUCAAACUCUCAGCAAGUGGACAGGCUGACUGUUCAGCCACUUGAUGGAUCUGCUGGCAUUAACGAAACACACACUCCAGGCAACGCUCCAGCAGCAGAUUCACAGCAGAAGUCUGUUGUUUUAAAGACCUCGAAAGAGAUAAUUCCAAAGCAGUCUGUGGUUUCACCAAAAGAGAUUAGAAGCAAACAAAGUUGUUCUACCACUGCAAGGAGUCGCAUUAAGGUUCAAAUGCAAGGAGUAGCUGUGGGUCGCGCUGUUGACUUGACCAUGUUUGAAGAGUAUGAUCAGCUCAUUGAUGAGCUCGAGGAGAUGUUUGAGAUUAAAGGAGAGCUCAGGCCUCGGAAUAAGUGGGAAAUCGUCUUCACCGAUGAUGAAGGGGACAUGAUGCUUGUGGGAGAUGAUCCCUGGCCGGAAUUCUGCAACAUGGCCAGAAGAAUCUUCAUAUGGUCAAGUCAGGACGUGAAGAAGAUGAGCCCCGGAAGCAGGCUCCCCGUGUCCUCGGUAGAAGAAGAAGGGAGCUUAGCUUAACCACCGGAGUCUCGCCGCCUGUGUAUCUUUUCCUCUAUUUCCCCCUUGCAAUUCUUGUAUGCAGCUUGUUGUCUGUAAUCUCCUUGUGCCUAAGGGGCCUUCUUUUUUUCCUUCAUUUUCUUCUUAUUCUAUUUUUUUGUUUUGUUUUUUCGGGGUGGGGUUGAAAUUUGCAUAGCUUGGGGAAUUGGGGGACUUGGCGUUAUUUGCGAAAGCUAACUUCUAUAAUAGGACCCACUAUCAAUCAACACUUAGGAACUUGGGAGGAUGGGGUUUUAUAUGCGUUAGGUUUUUAGGACCAAGAAUCUGUGUAUAUCUUUGGAGUUUCUUCUUGGGUGGGAUGUAAGUGGGGAGGUCUUUUUGUUUUAUGUAGAUAUGUUUAAUUGGGAAGUGGAAUCCAUGGUAGUCAUCAGCAAAUGGAAGAUGGCAAAGCUUUUCCCCCC